AUGGUCUCUCUGGGACAAAGUCCAGCCCGCCGCCGCCUUCGAGUGCCCCGAGCCCUGCUCCUGGUCUGGCCGAUCUUCGGGCCCAUCACCGACAUCGCCGUCCUCGAUAGCACAGCUGCCCCAGGCGAGGCGUUCAAGAACCGUCAACCGUUUGUAAUCGAGAAUCCGGACGGCUCCAAGAAGUUUCACACCGUGGCCUUGCUGCCUGCUACCUGCCCCCUUUUGUCCCGCAUCGUGACAUCUGCCGGCAUUUUUGACGAAUUCCUCGCGGUUAGCGAGAGGAUGACGGAGCUGCAUACAUUUGAUUGGGACAAUAUCAAGGAGGCUCAGCGCGCGGGCGUUACAAAGUUCUACUGCUGCGACAAGGAGUGCAAGAGUCAACCGUACUUGUUCAUGACCGAGGAGCCGAAGCUGGUCAUUCAAGCGCUGGAGAAGCCCUACGUCACCCUUGGCGAGGCCGUCUCUGCUAUUCACGAGUGGCUUCUUACCAUGCAGGAGGUUAUCCUAAUUGCUGAAAGAGCGCAGUUUCCGGAGGACGAUACUUGGGGUUGCCAGACGCCACUGCCAUCGAAGGACACGAAGUUUUGGGUUUCUGGUCUCUGGGGGACGAAUAUAAUGCGCCAGGGCGGCGUUGGCUCUGGGGAGCAGUCUAAGUGGGAUCCUGAGACGGGAGAGGGAUUCCCGCAGACGGAGGAGGAGUGGGAAGAGCUUUUGGAGAUGGCAAGGAAGAAGCGACGUGGCUUGCGUGCUAGGGGCGACGGCGGCCAUAAGCCAGGGAUGGUAGAAGUAGAUGAAGUAAGACAUAUUGGGACUCUUGGUUUAAUUACGAGCAAGAAGGAAAUCUGGUGGUAUCAAUGCGCUUAUACGUACGUCUCGGCAUUUGUGUCCCUACGGACAAAAAAGGAGAUGCCGCUCGGCAAACUAAUAUUCAAGUCAUAG